AUGUUUACUCGGUUGCUCCCUCUACCUCUUAUAGCUCUUGUAACAGCAAUCUCAGCCAAGAACUACACAUGUCCCUACCACUUGUACAGCGUUCAAAUAUUCUCCGAGGACCCGCUCGUCAUUUACAUACCUGGUUUCUUGACAGAAAGCGAAGCCCGACACCUUGAGUCUGCGUCCGUAGGACGUUUUACCUCCUCGAAAAUUGCCGAUCAAUCUGGUCAACAGCAGCUCGCCUCAACUCGCACAUCAAAGUCUGCAUCACUACAUAGCGAUGAAGUAGUUCGAUGCAUCGAGGAGCGCGCUUUGCAAUUCCAAGGCUACGAUAUCCCGCGCACACAUCUGGAACCGUUGCAAGCAGUGCAAUAUACCCUGGGAGAAAAAUAUGCGCCGCAUACGGACUGGUUUACUUCUUCGCUCCAAACGACCUCGGAGUUUGGCGGUAAUCGUCUUUCGUCAUUCUUUGUGUACAUCAGCACAUCUGAUGACAUUGUUGGCGGUGGAACACAAUUUCCAUUGCUCGAUGCACCGAACGAUGAGCGGUGGUGCGAAUUUGUGAACUGCGAUGCUGGCUGGGAGGACGGCGUUACAUUCCGGCCAAUCUCUCGAAACGCAGUGUACUGGCGCAACCUUCGAGGUGGGAAAGCUGGAAAGGGGAGGAUGGGAGACCGGAGGACAUUACAUUCUGGACAGCCCGUGCAAAGAGGCACGAAGCUCGGGAUGAAUAUAUGGACGAGGGAGGCGGAAUUGGAUGGUGUCUAUCGGAGUGAGAUCAUUUGA